AUGGAGUGCCCUGAAUGCUUAAAUACCUGGAAUUCAGAAGAAAUUAUUCCUAGAAUUCUUAAUUGUGGACAUUCUCUUUGCGAUCCUUGCGCUCAUCGAUUAUUUUCAAUAUCUCAACUAAUUUGUCCGACCUGCAAUAGUCCCAAUGUGUUUACAAUUGAAAGGCAAUACAAUGAUACAGAUAUUUCGUAUGCAAACAAAUGUAUAAACACUAUGCCUAAAAACUUUUCUCUUCUAAGCUUGGUCUGCUCUAGACCUUCAAUUAAUCCAGGAUUUAGCCCUGCUAGAAAAGUAAAAACCUUUGCUCAUGAGAUCACAUUUGGUCAACAUUGCGAAGAGCAUGAUCUGCCUAUCCAUUCCUAUACAGAAAAACCGUAUAGCUUGCUAUGUGAUGAAUGCUUACUCACCGGGUUUUUUUUAUAUAUAAUUUUAUAGUAAUUUUUUUUUCCGAAAUUAUUAAAAAAAUCCAAUUUGCGAAAAAGCUAAAAUUAAUUUAAUUGUAAAAUUUAUACUUAAAAAUGCAAAAUAUUUAAAAUUCAACAGAAUUAGCUAGAUAUUCAUUAUACUAAUUAUCAUCUACAUAAAAAAUUUGUUAUUCCCCUCAAGAAUGGCGGGUUUUAACUCAAAAAAUAAUGAUUAUUUCAAUGUCUUAUUCUCUCACGGAGAGGGUUUAGAGGAAAUUGCCGACCUCGGUUUAAUAAUUAAGCCUCUUCCUGAAAUAGUGAAUUUUAUGAGAGAUUCUUUAGAAGAAGCAUUGACUAAUAUAACAAAGAAAAAGAGUGAUUUAAAUAGGAUGAAGAUGAAUUUAGGCAGGCUUGGGAGUGAUGAAAGCCAAAAAUCUAUAGAAAAACUAGAAGAGCACUUCCAGAUGCUCAAAAAAAGCCUUCAGAAAAUUUAUAAUGACGCCAAAACCAACUUAAAUCAAAUGCUACAGCAACAGCAAGAAGAAGCAGAAUUUAAACUAACUUCAUUGGAAACCAUCCAAGGAAGUUUAAGAGAAUUUGAAGCUCGUUUACUAGAUUUAGAAUCUUUAAAAGAUGAACAAAUAGUGAGCUGGGCUGAAGAAAUCCCAAAAAUUUUAGCUGAAAUUUCUAUCCCAAGCCCAGAAAUAUCUCCAGAUAUAAACAUUUUGACACUAAGUAUCAACAGAGCUUGUUAUGAAUCCCUAAAAGAUGUAAUAGCACAGUCAUAUGAAAUCCAUGUAGAAGAAAAACAAAGCGAAAAUUGGGAUUGUCACUCCUGCAAUAGCAAAAAUAUCGAUGGAGAAAUUCAGUGUUUCAACUGUAAAAGCUUCAGAAAAAUUGAGACUUAUCCUAAUUUUUUGAAAAAUCCAAAUAAUGUGACUGAGAAAGAAUUAAACGAAAUUCAAUUGAGGAGGAAUACUGAAUUAGAGAUGAUAAGCGAGCUGGACAAUGAGUCGGGAAAUACAGGAGUUUGGUAUAUAAUUAAUGCGGAGUGAAUAGCUGAAUGGAAAAGUUUUAUUUUUAAUAAACCAUCACCGAAUAUGGCACAAAAUUCACCCAAUAAAGAGAUAGGGACGCUCCCACCAGGAAAAAUUUCGAAUGAUUCGUUAUUUUUAGACCCUGCUACAAUGCAACAACUUAAGUUGAAGCUGAAGCCAGUAGCUCAUUAUCGAGGAGUUAAUGAAAAAGUAUGGCAAGCUUAUUAUACAAUAUAUGGAGGAGGCCCAGCAAUAGCAAGAAAAAAAUUAAAUAUUUAUGAUGAGCCAGUAGAAAUUCCGAAAUAA